AUGGUCGCUCACGGAUGCAAUCAAUCUGCUGCCCAGCGAUACUGCAGCCUCAAGAAACUCUCCACUGCCAUCAAGGCCUACCUGUGGAACGCUCCCUUGUCCAUCAUCUUAUGGGUCCUGGCGGCGUUCUCGGGGCUAGUCGUUUUCGCCAACUACGCCAAUUGUGAUCCUCUCAAGGCCGGUGUCCUCACGAAGAAGGAUCAGAUCAUCCCUUAUUACGUCAUGGACAAACUCGGUCACGUUCAUGGUCUGCCCGGCAUCUUCCUCGCCUGUCUCUUCAGCGGAGCACUCAGUACUUUAUCGUCCGGUCUGAACUCCCUCGCGGCCGUGACCUAUGUUGACGGAAUCAUGCUGACUUCGUUGCGAAAGAAACUGACGGACUUCCAGGCCAGCGUCCUCACCAAAUGUCUCGCCCUGGGAUACGGGAUCAUCGCGAUGGGUCUGUCAUUCGUGUUGUCCAGGCUGAAAUUGGGAGUGACGACAAUCGCGAUAAUAUUCGCCAGUAUGACUCAGAGUCCCCUAGCUGCCGUCUUCAUCGCUUCUAUGUAUCUUCCCUUCGUCAACAAAUAUGGUGCCUUCUUGGGGUUGCUCACGGGGAUGAGCACGACGGGGUGGCUUGCAAUCGGAGCCAGGGUGCACGGGGUGCCACCGGAGCCACCUUUACCGUCGUCCGUGGAUGGGUGCCCUCCGAACUUCACUCUCGUCGAGGGAUUGUCUGCUUCGGCCCUCUACGACAAUUUCACUUCCCUCUCUUUAUCAGAUCCGGCACCGCCUUCAUAUCCUCACGUGUACGACAUGUCCUACCUGAUGCUGGGUCCUAUCGGAUUUUCGUCCGCUUUCGUCACCUGCAUCGUCGUCAGUUUGAUUACAGGAGGGUAUCCGUUGGCACUUCUCGACGAGACCCUGAUCGUCCCCACGGCUUUAAGAUUUUACAAGAAACUGCGCGGUCUGCGAGCGUUCUACUUCGCCGGAAUGGAGUCCCCGGUGGGACCAAAUUGGAUGAGAGCCUCUCUGAUCACGUGGCUGGAACCUCCGGGCAUCCGAAACGAGACGUGUGAUGUGAAAGGUACCAGAAGUCCUACAGGUGGGGAAUACGCGGAGGUGGGAGCCAUCUUGGCCCUGUCUUUCUGGACCCUCAUCGCAAAUACCACCUUUCUGGCCACUCUGCUCAGCCAAAAACACUCCCGAUUUCUCAAUUCGCAGCCUAGGUUUCUUCUGGCGUCGUUGGCGUUUGGAAACGUGGCCAUGGGAGGAACCGUAGGCCCUUUAGCCGUUUAUCCCACUCUGUACGGUUGUUGGCCAUUCGGAGAGGUUGUUUGCUGCGUCCAAGCCUUGCUGGUUGGAGCCCUGAGUCAACAGAAUGCGGCAACUCUCAUCGCCUUGGCCUUCGAUCGAUUCCUCUGUAUUCUCCAUCCUGUCAAGUACCACAGACUUCUGUCCAGAAAGGGUAGUUUGGUGCUCGUCUGUUCCACUUGGAUCCUUUCCUUCACCUUGUACGUGGGCUUCGUUCUCCCCGGGAACGGGUACGUCUUCCGCGACGAGGGAUUCGCCAUGUGCGAGCCGUUCUACGCCACCAAUUCCUUGUCUCUCUUGGCCGCUUGUCUCUUCUAUUUUCCACCCACCAUGGCUCUGUUUUACUGCUACGGCUCCGUUUUUCAACUCGCACACGUCCGAUUCAAAAAGAUUCGCUGCUCGUCGGCCGCCAAAUCGGAAACAUUCGGAGGACGCAGCCUUGAAAAGUUGGUGAUUGCGGAAAGACGUCGAAAUAUGGCCAGUGCGAGGAGCCUGGCAUCGGUUUCUGUGGCUUUCAUCCUAGUAGUCACUCCAUGGACCCUAAAGCAAGUGAUCGUUUCCUGCACUGGAAUCGAGUUGCCGUCGGAAUUGGACUUUGCUGUAACCUGGUUAGCCCUGAGCAACUCCUUUUGGAACGUGAUUGUGUUUGCCCUGACGAGUAGACCAUUUAGGCAGCACGCAUCUCAGCUACUCUGCCUCAAGAUAUGCGGUCGGCUGCAGCAGCAGUCGAGGUCGGGAGAGGAGGAAGGAGACAGAGACGGAGAACCCUCUUCCUCUCUCCCGUCCCCCCGUCAGAUGGAGAAACUCCACGUGGAUCUCUCGAGGCAGAGUUCGUCUCAACCCGACUUGGAGGACUCGGAAUGGACCAGACACGGCGAGCGAUUUUGGGGCCAGAUCUUGGAGAGGACCGUGUCGUGCGCCAGUCUUCAGGCGCUCACUCGCGACGACCGGGAGAGGCAGCCCACAAACACCGUCAUCGGGCCGCGAUUCAUCCAGAACGGAUGCUGGGAAAUGACUUGUUAGCGUGC